UUAAAGUCACACAUGCAUGCCAAUUGCCAACCUUAUAAGAGUGCUUAGUCUCAAGUGUUUGUACUUUUUGUUCACUUCACCAAAUGAGACAUAAUUUGCAGGCCUUCUCACAGUUUUCAUCUCCACAAAAUGCCUCACAUUAAAUACAAAACCGUACCUCUUCCUCUUUCUUUUCGUCCUUCAAUUCCUCCCCCUUUUUAAUUAUAUAUAACUCCAUUUCUAACUCUUGUAUGUAACCCUUGUCAUCUCCAUUAUACUCUCUUAGCUUCUAAGCUUGUCUUGCACAACAAUAAAUAAACAUGAAGAAGAAAGGCUCAAAGAACAAGUUCUUUACCUGUAUCCGCCCCGUUGUGGACAUUGAUUCCAUGCUAGAGCCUAAAACCACCGUCGUCGAUCGCUCGUCUAGUCGUCGUUUUUCGUGUGUCCCCGCCAUUUCAGAGAAGCAUGAAGAGGAUUGGAUUAAUGUUACUCAGUCAAACCCUCCAAAACGAAAGCUUGCUAAGGUGAUUAAAGCUGUGCUGCUCUUUGAAACACUAUUGAACAAAAGGGCUCAACACAAAAAUCAUUUUGGAUCAUCAAAGGGAUGCUUUCCGGUUUACUCAUCAUCAAGUUCAUCACCAAGUAGUUCUACGGACACCAAAACGAAGAAGGCUCUUGAAUUGUGCUCCCCUGUAUCAAAAUCAAAGGACACAUCCAAGCACGUUAAUCCCAACAACAAAGAUCAUCAAUUAUUGGAGAGUUACAAAACGUUCCGGUGCAUUAUUGGAGUGUUGUUGUUUCUCAUAAGCUUGUCAAUUACGAUCAUAUGGGGCAAGUUCAAAGGCAUAGUUUUGACAUCAAUAUGGCUAUACUUUAUCUCUCUUUUGAUAACAUGCUUUAGAAGAAGGACCACUAAAAUUAUGGUUUAGGCCUUAGGGGCUUCUCUUUUUUGUGCUUGUUGAGAUUUCUUCACCGUGCUUCCUAUAAAAUAAUAAAGGUUUCUUUAGGCAUAAGGGGGGCACAAUACAAAGAAACACAAGUUUCUUGCCUUAAUAUGUCUCUUUUCACUUUUA